UGCGCCCUUUUAGCCUUCGUAUGUUGAACACGUGAAAAGCCAAGCACUCAGACAAGUCAAGCGGCCGUUCUUGGGCAACAGAAACAAAAAAAAUGGCUUCCGAGCGAAGCGACUCUUUAACGCUACCAGUAACGGAGCAGAACGCAGUCGCUGGCGGGCAAGAAGUUCAGUUUCGGUCAACGGCGAAAGUACAAUCUUUCCAAAAUAGCGCAGACGCUGACACCCCAGACGCCACAUAUGACGAACAUCUGACAGUGGGCAAAAAAUCAAAAGUAGAGGCCGAGUUGAACGCCAGACUCCUCUACAGCCAGCGGCCAUCAAAGGCACUGACCAUCUUAAAAUGGCUUGUCACUUUUGUCAUGUUUGCCUGUGUCACUGCCGCCAUCGUGGCGAGCAAACUCUCUGCAGUCUACAUAGCACGAGCAGUCAACGAAACCUUCCAAGACGCCAACAGCACCGGUUUUAACUUGGGAAAAAUUAACCCAAGUUACCCAAGAAGGAAAGACGUUGCACCAACAGUUCCAUCACAGCAUUCGGAUGGCAACAAAUUGCGCCAGGAGGUUGCGUUUUUGAUGGUGAUCCUGACAACCAUGUUCCCGUACCUCGUGACCCUGGUGGUGGCGGUGUGGGUGGGGUCCUUCAGGCGGGACAUGCCCUGGCCCUCAGGACUGGCCGUGUUCUGGGGGAUUGUUGGCAGUAUUCUGGAGGUAACCGGAUUGCUUCUACUUUGUCUUAUCACUAUGAGGAACUACAAUCCAAUUGUGGCUGUCUUCUUGAUGAACGGCGUCUUUUUCAUUCCUAUCAUCACUAGUCUUGUGAAAUCAUUUCGUCGUCUGGAAACAACCAACAAAAUCCAUUUUUUCGCCUUCCUCUUUGCAUUCUUCAUGGAGGUCGGUGGUAUGGUGACAUCCAUGUUUCAAGGCUACACCGACGUACAUGUUCCUGAGCGUCUAUCCUGGGAGACACCUAUCGCCAUGUUGUUCCUUUCCUUGGCUUGGUGCCCGCUAAUACAGAAAGCUCAAUUAUAUCCACAACGAAGCGCCCACGUGGAGUUUGAAAUGUCGCGGAACAUGACCCGAAGCACGAUUGCCUUACGGCAAUCUGGAGUUAGAAUGCAAGCUGCCAACCACAGUCUCUCGCCAGAUGGCAGUUAUAUCGAUGAUCAAGACAUCCAAGCUUCGCCACACACAGCCUCUAUGCGAAGUGGCGAGUUUGGGGCCAGCACUGUAAACAUAGAUGAUCUCAUUGACGUGAUGCCAAACAGCAGCGCCCGAUGGAAACAAAGUAUUCUCACAAGCAUCUGGAAACUUGUACUUACGCCGUGCAUAGCCUUGGCAUUUGCUGCACUGGCCGAUAUACACUAUGAUCCCGAUGUGCUGUCAACUCUUUUUACCUUCAUCGGACAGUACAAAGGGUUUGAUAUCAACACGUGGCACAGCAACCUGGUGAUUUACUUCAUACUGAACAUCACGUGCAGUUUUCUGGGGUAUAUACUGUCCCUGUUUGCCUGCAUGAUGUGCAUGCAAAAGUACGCAUUUGCCCUGCCCCUGCUUCUCAGCACUCCUUGUGCCGUCGCGUUUUUGGCUAUAAGGACAUAUUUAGGCAAGAACACUCACGAUGCACGCGUCAUUGACUUCGAAAAAUCCUUGUAUUGGCAAGUUCCUGCAGGGGUCGCUUUGUUCUUGGCUCAAAUAUUAUCAACAGGAGUUUUCAUCUUCAGACACCAAAUUGUCGUGAUGGAAAAGGAGCCUUUUCUUUUCUGGCUUCCGGGUUACAAUGCUACUCUGCUGGAGCAAUGGCUACAGCUUUCCCGCAAAACAACGCAGAGUAUGUACCGCUACGAGGCGCCACUGGAGAGAGCCAAGAGGACCCGAGUUUAUAUCUGCACAACUAUGUACAGGGAGGCUGACUACGAGAUGGAACAGUUUCUUCGAUCACUAGAAUGUAUCAACCGUGCUCAGGCGGGCCUCGACAGACAUUUUGAGGCACAUAUCUUCUUUGAUGCGGCAGUCCGCGAUAAGAAAGCGUCAGAUUUUCUACUUCAGUUGGUGUCAUUGGUAGAGACUGUCCUUGAUUCACCGACCAUAGAAGCCACACGGCUGAUGACGCCCUAUGGGAUGAGUAUGUCUUGGCAGUUGAGAGCGCCCCCUGGAAAACGCGGAAUGGCGUUGACAAUCCACUUAAAGGACAAUUUUAAGGUGAAGAAUAAAAAACGUUGGAGCCAAGUCAUGUACAUGUCGUAUGUCAUGGACUUCUUGAUGAAAGCAAACGACGACAUGUCCGACCACGAAACCUUCAUUUUGACCACAGACGCCGACGUCAAGUUUUCCACAGACUCCGUGGAGGCGCUACUGGACAAUAUGGUCCGUGACAACAACGUGGGGGCCGUGUGCGCGCGCACUCACCCCAUGGGCUCAGGGCCAUUGGUGUGGUAUCAGACAUUUGACUAUGCCAUCGGGCACUGGUUUCAGAAGGCUGCCAACGACGUCCUUGGAACAGUUCUGUGCUGCCCAGGCUGCUUUAGUGUGUACAGGGUGGCCGCACUGCGAGAUGUCCUGCCCCUCUACUCGUCCAAGGUGACCAAGGCUGACGAAUUCUUGACCAAAGAUAUGGGUGAAGACCGGUGGCUGUGUACGCUGAUGGUACAAGCCGGUUGGCGUUUGGAAUACUCAGCCGCCGCCGAGGACAGCACGCACUGUCCUGAAGACUUUGACGAGUUUUUCAAGCAGAGGCGACGCUGGAUUCCUUCGACGCUGGCCAACCAAUUCCUCAUCUUGAAAGACUGGCUCCUUGUCACCAAGUUUAACGACCAGGUCCGUAUGUACUUUGCUCUGUACCAAGCUCUGUUGGUGGUUUCCACGCUGCUAGGGCCGGGUACCGUGAUACUGAUCGUCGCAGGGGGACUAAACUACUCUCUCUGUCUUAACUUUAACUGGAUGGUGGUCUUGUUGCUACUGAUUACCAUAGCAUACGCCAUGGUAUGUCUUCUCACCACGCAGGAAACACAGCUACUGGUGGGGAAGAUUCUGACGUUCGUAUUUGCCCUUAUAAUGGCUGCCGUCAGUGUGGGAACAGCUGUCCAAAUAGGGGAAGAUAUUGGCAGAGCCACCCAUGCCGUUAACCUUACUGAAUACAAACACUGUGGAAAGACUAUCCCUGUUAAUUUGGCAAACAGCAUCAUUCCAUUGUCUACAACUACGCUGUAUUUUGCAGCUAUCGUGGGCAUGUUUCUGCUGGCCGGUCUGAUGCAUCUGUUUGAAGUGAUGGCGCUGUUCCAAGGUCUGUGGUACCUCCUGUGUCUUCCAUCUGGCUACCUGCUUCUGAUGGUAUACAGUGUGUGUAACAUAACAGACAGAUCCUGGGGCACGCGUGAGGAGAAGAAGGACACACCAAACGUGAUGACAAGCUCGGUACCAUGGAGAACUAAGAUAGCAACUUUUUGGAAAGGAUACCUAUGCUGCUGUUUCUACAGAAAAACCGAGCAACAAAUUGACGUGGAGAGAAGGAGCAGUUUACCGGUUGAAACACUAGAUCCUGACCAGGUCAGCGUCAGUACCGGGCACCACAGUACCAUGACCAAGGACACGUACAGAGAGUCGGCCACCCCGAGACAAGAGGAUGAAGACAGCAGUGAUUAUGAGAUAACCGGAGAAGAACUUAUGUACCAGCGGUCGUCCCACGGCAGGCAGAAGUCGUCCACCUACCGCAGCAGAGCCAAGUCCAUCCACAGUUCCUACAAUGACACGAGGGAGGGCCUGGUACUCGUGGAGAACUGGCUGGAAGGGGACUUGAAAAAAUAUGCAUCAAGGUUGAGACGCCAAGGGUUUGAUGACACCCGAUUUUUGGCUGAUAUGACGGAGAAGGAGUUAAAGGCUUGCGGAGUAGAGGUGAAAGCUCACCGGAAGGCAAUCAUAGAGGAUAUUAAACAGCUACCGCAUCCAGAAAUUGAAACGUUUGUUCCUAUUGACUCGUGGGAAUGGCUGCAGUAUUUGGGGAUGGAUCAGUAUUACCCACAUUUCAAGAAAAACAGAAUAGUUCACCGCAAAGAUUUUGAAAUCUUGAAAGGAAUGUCUCAGGAAGAAAUACGAAAUGAUUUGGGAGUUCGAAAACCUGGUCAUCUCAAGUUUCUGCUCAAAGCGAUAAAAAAUCUACGAUGGCCAACUGAACAGGAAAUUCGGUUGCAGGAAACACGUAAAAAGUUCGAUGACCUCCCGCUGUAUUACCUGCACGAGAUCAAAGCAGACGAGAAUGAAUUUUGGAACAAACUGAGGAAAAAGUGUCUCUUGCCUAACUCAAAAGCGUUUGGAACGGAGGAAGAACUAAAAGACAAACUUGUUGAACUUCGUAACUUCUACCUAAUCCUGUUUGCCGUGAUAAACGCACUGUGGUUGAUAUUCAUCUUACUUCUUGCCAAUGAAAAGGUUCUCUUUGUACUGGGUACAAACCCUCUAGGUCUUGCAUUCCUGGUCGUCUUCGGUAUUGUCCUCGUCAUCCAAUUCCUGGCUAUGAUCGUACACAGGAUUGCCACGUGGAUGCACAUGAUAGCACGUGCUCCUUAUGUGUUCGGCAAGCCGUUUCAAACCACGUGGGGAUUCCACCAAGGCGAUACCCUCUCGGGUUCCGUCAAUCUCGACUACUGGGUGACCGAGGAAGCUCGCGCAAAGUACCGCCAGAAAGCAGAGCGGCAGAUUUCGAAACGGCGCCAUACGUACUCGCGUAAGGGGAAGUCGAGUAAGAAACCCGAGGUGACAGGGAAUUCAAAGAAAUCGAUCAAUAAAUCAGACCGUGAAUCGAUGGAGCCUCUCUUGAAGGAAGAAGGGCGUAGUGUUGGAAGAUCGUUUAUUACAUAGAACAGAUCAGUUUUGA